UAGUUAAAACUCAUAACAAACACUCGAUCAUAUAGAAAUCAGUGAACCAUAUGAAAAUUCAACGAGUAUAGUACUUAAAUAAAAUAUUGCAAAAGUUAUUCAACGCUAUAUAUUCAUGGCAACUGAAGAGAUUGGAAUGCGAAAUCGCGAUGGAAAGGCGACUACUACUAACGGUGAACAUGAAACCAAUCAAGAACAAAUUCCACUCAACCCUGAUGUUGUAAUCGAAGAAGAACCAAAGAAAACAUGCAGCCAGAAUUGUAUCUACUUUUUCAAAAAUAUCACUUUGGAACCAACAGUAGCUUUAUUUAUAAUAGGGUAUAUGUCAAGUGCUAUGACGCUUUCCAAUCUUCAUAUAGAAAAAGCAUGUAGGGUCAAUCUUAAUUUCCCUGAUGAAAUAUGCACUGCCAUGAGACAACAGACGUUGGAUAGUCAAAAUGUCUACGAAAGAGACGUUCAAAGACUAGUGGCAAGAGCUAUAACGUGGAGAACAUACAUAACAGCGACUAUACCAUGCGUUUUAGGUCUAUUUGUGGGGCCAUGGCAAGACAAGACCGGUCAUAGAAAAAUAUUUCUUAUAAUACCUAUUAUUGGACAGAUAUUGGCAUGCGUCAACAACAUUUUGAACGUAUAUUUCUUUAAACAGUUGAGUCUAGAAGUUCUCAUAUUCAGCGAUGCAAUAAUUGAUGCUCUAAGUGGGGGGAUGUGUGUUAUGGUUUUAACUGUAUUUGCAUUUAUCAGUACCAUAAGCAGUGAGAAGACAAGAACAUUCAGAAUGGGAAUGGUGAAUUUUAGUUUCACAGUUAGUUUUCCAGUUGCCGCAGCAUCUAGUGGUGUGAUCUUGAAGAAUUUGGGCUACUAUGGAGCAUUCGGGAUAUCUUUGGGUUACCAUAUCAUUAAUCUGCUAUACAGUGUCAUCGUUUUGAAAGAUCCUCCGAGAACUAAUGAUCAGAAAGAGCAUGACAGAAAAGGCGUUGGCCACUUCUUCCGAACCUUCUUCGAUUUAUCCAACGUCAAGGAAACGGUGACAGUGGUGUUUAAGAAUGGCCCUAACAAAAGAAGACUGCGUAUGAUCGUUCUACUUUGCGUUGUGACUAUUCUUUUUGGACCAAUGUUUGGGGAAAUAUCCAUAAUGUACAUGUCAACUAGAUACAGAUUCAAUUGGGACGAAGUCAAGUUCAGUAUAUUCCAAACGUAUAACUUUAUAGUCCACACAAUUGGUACAAUAUUCUCUAUCACGGUAUUCAGCAAGUUGCUACAGUGGCACGACUCAAUGCUCGGCAUCAUCUCCACUGUCAGCAAAAUCGCUGCCUCCUUUGUGUACUGCUUUGCGCCCAACGAAAGAAUAUUCUAUAUCGCGCCGGCAGUUGAAAUCCUGAAUGGCACUUCCUUGUUAGCUCUCAGGUCAAUCACUUCCAAGUUAGUUGCUCCUAACGAACUCGGUAAAGUGAACUCAAUAUUUAGCUUGACAGAGAACCUCAUGCCUUUAGUGUAUGUGCCUCUGUACACCAAAGUUUACACUGCCACAAUGGAGAUACUACCAGGUGCCGUAUUUCUGCUGGGUGCUGCUAUGACGCUGCCUGCUGUAAUCGUUUUCAUAUGUCUCUUUGUAGAACACCGAAAAGGACUCAAGAAGAAACCUGUGAAAAUCGAAAAUGGAAUCUGAUGAAACAUAUUACCUCUACGAUUAUUUCAAUUAUAUAUUUAAGAAAUUAAUAUACAAUUGUCAAAUACCAAUAAUCAGUUUUGCUUUUAUAAAGCCAUACUAAAGAUACAGAAUUAUAUAACGAUAAAAUACUUCUUUGAAUUAAACUUUAGAAAACAAUUAGCUGAAUUGUAAUUCUUCGAAACAACUAAUAAUUACGUUAAAGGAAACUAAUUCAAAUAAAAGCUUUAUCGCAAAUUAAUUUAAAUUAGACUAAUUUUAAGUUACUUAAGAGGAAUUUAAUAAUAUGAGAUCAUAAAUU